GCUAGCUGGCAAUUCCUUUUAGCAGAUCAAUUCUCAUUUAAAAAACCAACACUUCAAUGCUCUAAACAACCCAAUUCCUUUCACACCCUUCUAUUAAUUCUUCUUUUUUGAAGUGAAGUGAACAAGGAAAAAAUAAAUGGAGAAAGCAUUGAAUAAAGUUGGAAGUAUAAAAGCAGGAAGCUUUUGGGUUUCAAAGAAAGCCAAAGAAGAGAUCUCCAACAUUUCUCAAGAUCUUUCCACGUUCUCAAACACUGUGGAAAAAAAGGCGAAAUGGGUAUUUGACAAGCUAAAAGGCAAGCCAAUGAAACCUUUACCAGAUUUCCUUAGAGAAUACAACCUUCCUCCUGGUUUAUUCCCACAAAACAUAACAUGCUAUGAGUUUGACGAGACAAAGCUACAGCUUGUGGUUCACUUGCCUGCUCCUUGUGAAGUUUGCUUCAAGGACCAGUCGGUCGUAAGAUACGCUACUCGAGUCAAAGGACUAAUGUCAAGGGGAAAGUUCACAGUGAUUGAUGGAAUGAAGACAAAAAUCGUGGUUUGGGUGAAAGUAACAAGUGUGGUUGUGGAGAAUUAUAGGUCCGAUAAGGUGUGGUUCACGGCUGGCGUCAAGAAAUCACGACCUAGAGACGCUUAUGAGACACCUCGUGAUGCUAUUCGAGUUGAUGAUUUCUGAAGGUCCCCUAAAAUUUCAAAAAAAAAUUAAUGUGAUUUUGCAUAUGUAAUGUUAAUAUUGAUGCUUAUUCAUUGGUAGUUCUAUGUUCUUGAAUAAAUGAUACGAACCUUCAUUUAAUGUUAGCAAGUCUCUUGAGGAUUCACAAAUGUUCUGAAUAUGUUUGUAAUGUAAUUUGAGUAGUUUGGCA